AUGAAACUCUCCCUCGCCUCACUCGCCCGCUCCGUCCGUCCAGCAGCCGCCAUGUUCGUCCUGCUGCCGCUGCUCCUGAUUGGCUGGGCCGAGCAGGGCGCCGCCCACCCUGUGGACCGGCCGCUCAGCCAGGCGCUGAGGAACAAAGAGACGUACCGGGCCGUCAAGGAUGUGUCCAAACACGCUCAGAGUUUACAGACGGACGACGACUCCAGCAUCCGACUGAUGACUCAAGUCAACGACCAGGACCACCUGAAGAUCUGCUGCCUCCACGCCAACAUCCUGGACUUCUACCUGCGCAACGUCCUGGUGACACGUGACAACCAGCAUCCCAAGAUGCACCGGCUGAAGACCGACCUCACCCGGGUCAGCGACGACCUUCAGACCCAAGGCUGCAAUGUGACUCACUACCAAGACCAUCUCCACGCGGUCGAGUUUCGCAAGAAGCUCAACAAGAUGGAGGGCGAGCGAGGGAUCAACAAAGCCAUGGGAGAGAUAGACAUCCUCUUCACGUACCUGCAGGAUUUCUGUAUCCAUGUGAAGAACUCCAUCACCGCCGCCACCACCGCCGCUCUCUGAGGCCCCGCCUCCACCGAGCAGAGACGUCUCCUACUCAACUAUUUAUCACCUUUUAUACGUCCACUUUUAUACUCUAACUUAUUCAUAUAUUUAAUUUGAGAAGUAUUUAACAGUUUUUUAUAUUUAUGAGAACUCGGUUGUGACUGAUUACUUAUUGAUCUGUUUAUUGAUCAGAAUGUCUGAUACCGGAGGAUUCUGGUAUCGAUCUGUUGCCAUGUUAUUGGCUG